CGACGGGCUUUUGUGGUGGAAUCAGUGGACUACGCAUGAUUGACAAUUUCAUCCCUGGCAAGCAGCCUGCCCAAGCUACCAAGAAGGGGUAAGAUCGGUGCUCGGGGAAGAGAUGUCAACUCGAGGCGUCCUCUUAUUUAAACCUCGUCACCACCCCUCGUUUUGUCAAAUGUCAGUCAGCCAGCCAGUCAGUCAACAAUGGCUUUCAUCAUCGAGCAGCUGGAAAGCUACCAUCUACUGCAAGGCGCAGUCGUGGCCCUAUUCUUGGUCUUUGUGUCGAAGUUCUAUCAUGAGUCCACUGAAAGCUUUCCUUACCAAAACAUUCCCUUGAUCGGAAAAAGUAGAUGGGCGCUCUCGAACAGCAAGGCUAAGCAGCGAUUCGUGGCAUCCGCUAAGGAGCUCUUCGCGGAGGGGUUCAGCCAGGGCAGGAAGGCCUUCCAACUGGUCGCAGCCUCCGAUCCAACCGUGGUGCUCCACCCCAGCCUUGUGGAUGAGGUCAAGAACCACCCGCAUCUCAGCUUCGACGAAGCGAACAAGAAGUUUUUCUUUGGAUCUAAAAUUCCGGGCUUCGAGGUCUUCGAGAAGGUAGAGCCGAUCCAGAUGGAUGUGAUCAACAAGCGACUGACCCAUUCUCUCGGUCAACUCGUGAGUCCUCUAUCGAAGGAAACCAGCGCCGUGUUACGAGAAAAGCUUCCCAAAAGUGACGCAUGGACCCCGGUCAGCUUCGCCAUGGAGAUACCAUACAUCGUUGCACGGUUAUCUACCCUCGUGUUUCUGGGAGAGAAAAUCUGUCGCGACCCACAGUGGCUCAACGUUUCCGUCAACUUCACCAUCGACGCCUUCGUUGGUGCGCGCGAUCUUCGAGCUUGGCCAUCGAUUCUUCAACCGUUAGUGCACUGGUUCAUACCUACCGUCCAAGGGGUCCGCAAACAUGUGAAGAUCGGGUCCGCAAUCGUCAACAAAGAGAUCGAAAGGCGAAAGCUCAUUCGAGAGGGGCGGCUCCCCGCAGAGAACCCGCCACGGAGCCACGAGGAUACCCUGGAUUGGUUUCAUGAACUCGCAGACGGACGUCCGCUGAACGUGGCGCAGGCGCAAAUGGGCCUCACUAUGGCCGCCAUCCACACGACGUCGAAUCUCCUGACCAACGUGAUGUACGACCUGACAGCAUACCCCGAAUACAUCCAGAUACUCCGCGACGAGAUCAAGACGGUCAUCACCGAAGACGGCGGCUCUCUGAAGAAGACCAGCCUCACGAAGAUGAAGAAAAUGGACAGCGUGCUGAAGGAAAGCCAGCGGAUGAACCCGGCCGGAAUCGCCUUUCUCAACCGCCUCGCCACGAAAGAAGUCUUCCUGUCCGACGGCACCCGCAUCCCCAAGGGCGCAACCAUGCUCGUCUCGGCCCACAUCUUCGAGGACGAGUCCGUCUACACCUCCCCCGCGGUCUACGACGGUCUGCGCUUCUACAAGUGGCGCCAGUCGCCCGGCAACGAGCACCGGUUCCAAUUCGUGACGACGAGCGCGGAGCACUACGCCUUCGGCCACGGCAUGCACGCGUGUCCCGGGCGGUUCUUCGCGGCGAACGAGAUCAAGAUCCUGCUCGUGCAUCUGCUGCUGCGCUACGACUGGGCGUUCGAAGACCGCACCGGGCGCCCGCCGAACUUCAUGCACGGGACGGAGUCGAUCUGCGACCCGAGCGUCCGGUUGUUGUUUCGGUCCCGGGAGCCGGAGGUGGAUUUGUCAAGGUUGGAGUAAGAGGUAG